AUGCAUUUAAGGGUUAGGAAAGUGCCGAGAAACAAAAAUAAGAAAGAAGAAAAUCAUAAAGUUAGAGAAGAAGAAAAUGAUAAUACAGAUACUGAAGAAAAUAAUGCUAUAGCUAUUAUAGGUACAGAAGAAGGAAUUUAUACUACAGGGACUGGAGAAAACGUUAUUGCAAGUGUUCUAGGUACAGAAGGAGAAUUUGAUAAUAUAGAGACUGAAGAAAAUAAUGCUAUAGCUAUUAUAGGUACAGAACAAGGAAUGUAUACUACAGGGACUGGAGAAAACGUUAUAGCAAGUGUUUCAGGUAAAGAAGGAGGAAUUAAUAAUACAGAGACUGAAAUCAAUAAUCUACAUACGACAGAAAACGAAGUAGAAAUUACAAAGGCAGAAGAGUCACCCGAAAAGAAAAACCAUGUUACAAAAAAAGAAAGAUUGCCUUACGCUAGUACAUCAGAAAGGUGGCUGCAAUAUCAUGAAAAUAAAGAAAAACUUAAAAUUCAAAAAGAAAAAGAAAAACAAGAAAGAGCUCUUAUGAGGAAAAGAAAGAAAGAUGAAAAGCAACAGAAAGUGAUUAAUAAGAAAAUCCCGAAAAAAAUAGUCAAACAGAAAAACAAAAAAUCUAAACAUGAAUUUUCUGAAAGCGAGUCUGAAGAAUGGUCAGAAAGUGGAUCAAGUUUGGACGAUGUGUCUGAAGAACAUUUUACAAGCGAUAGUGAUAAUGAGCCUUUAGUAAAGAUUGCUAAACCAGAGAAAAAGAUAAAGAAAGGAGAUUUUUAUUUGGUUAGUUUUCCAGGAAAAAAAAAGGCCCACAAUUACGUUUGCACUAUUCUGAAUGUUCUAAAUAAAAAUGAAAUGGAAGUUCAAGCACUGUGCCCCGUUGACGCGGAAAAAUUAACAUACAGAUUUAUAGAUGGUGACAUUAGUAUUAUAAGCAACAAUCAACUCUUACAUAAACUUGAGCAACCGAAACUUUCGGGUACCGAAAAUCGUAUUAAGCACAAAUUUUCGUUACCUAUAUUAGCUCCCGAUAAAAGUAUAAGUGCAGCCGACCUUGCUACUGAUGUCUUCACAACAAAAUCACAAACAAUACGGCGCAAACGGAAAGAGCCAGCUGAAAAAGUAGCUCCAAAUGAUGAAGUCCAGAGUAUGCCAUUGACGUCGAUAGUAUCUGAAGAACCAUCAACAUCAACAGAAUCAGAAAAACCUUUAACGCAAAUGCCAUCCAAAAAAUCCAACAAAAAGCCUCGCUUAAGGCGCCGUAAAAGUGAUUCGGAAUCAAGCGAAUGUUCUGUUGCGAUCUCAUAUAGAAAAAGUGGCUCGUCUCCCAUGUCGGAGUUUGAUGUAUUCUCAGAAUGGAAAUCAAAAGUGCGGCGCAAGGCAAGAAUUAUUGAGCAAUCGAGAAUCCAAACUGGAGGAGGGCCAGCAGACUCAACGGAAUUAAAUGCCGUUGAGGAGCAAUUGCUGGCCCUCACUUCUAAAAUUUAUUUGGGGGAUACUGAGGUAGAAGAGGCUGGUGUCUCAGCCUCACGACCAGGUUAG